AUGCGUUUCGCACCUAUUUUCCAGCCUGCGCUGGACACUUUCCGCUCCGUCUCUCUAGACCAAGCUUGCGGUGAUGGUCUCAGCUUCGCUGCACAAUAUCCCAUGGACGAGUAUGCAGCCUCGCUAGCCAAUGGCGCUGCUCGUCUGGAGCUGUGGACCAAUCUACCAGUAUUGCAGAACAGCUCCGAGUCCACUUCGCGACCCGUCGCAUGGAAUGCGUACCCUCUCCUUCCCAUCAAGGCCGCCUUGCAUCGUGCGAUGGGCUACUCGUUUGCCGCCCGCGUGCAAUGCCUCCCCGCCGCAAGCGAGGGUACGUUCAACUUCACCUAUCGGAUCGUACAUCUGGACGGUCAGAUUGACUGGCUCGGCUCGCCCUCCACCGACGGUCGCAUUCGUCUGCCCUCCUCCGAUGCUUUCCCUCCGGCCAUCCGACAGCUCGUGCUGCCACACCGUGGCACCCGGCUAGAACUCAGCCCUUUCCAGGAGCACGACCAUUCCGUCGAGCUAGCCACUCUCACACACGGCGGCGGCGCUUCUGCGACGAGUCUCUCUUUCGACAUCGAUGCGAGCGAGGUGCAAUCGGGCCUGGUCAUUGAGCGCACCAAGUCGACAUGGUGUACAUCCAGACGAUUUCGAUCUCUGCACGAAGUUUCACCCGACUUUGCAGCAGGCCUGUUGGUUCUCGAGCUCAGCAAGGCGGCCGCGGGCGAGGUGCUUGUCCUCAUGCCUGUCUUUGACGAUACCGUGCUUCCGCCUAGAUUCGUCCGCUCUUCAAGCAUCAACAACAAGGCCAACUUCCAGAUCGAGAUUGCUUCGCCGCGUGUCCAAGUUAAGGUCGCGCUGGCCCUCGGUGCCUCUACGCAGCUGGAAAGGACCAUCAAAGCGUGUCGCUCCCACGCGGCGAGGCUGCUGAGAACCUGCGGCCAUGAGCCGCUCGGUCUACCUUGGUCUGCUGCCAAAGCUCUCGACGUCGAGGCACCUCUCGCGGCAGGUAUUGACGUGGUCUCUGCAGACACGAAGAUCUAUUCGGAGCCCGAGUGCAUCGACAUCUCCUUUUACUCGGAUUCGACUGCCGUCGAGGGCACGAUCACCACCCAGGGCAUGGAAGAUUCCCAACUCCUGUCCACAGACGACACGCAAAGUAUCAGCGACUCGGACGAUGCCUCGACGAUCCACGAGGACCGCACCGUUCACGCGGACAGCCCCCCAAGCUCCGGACAGCCCAAGGCGGGUCUUGGCUUUUGCACCUGGGAGGCGAUGCACAGCCACGAACGUCGUCCGUACCUCUCGGAAGUCGUGGCUGCGCUCGAGGCUGCCGAAAAAAGGACUGGUCCUGGCUCCAUCACCUCUCUACUCAUCGAUGACGGCUGGCAGGACGUGCUGCACACGCAAGAUCAUCGAGGUCGGCUCAGCAGCUUCGAUAUGAACCCGACGAUGCUGGACGUGGUCGAUGCCGCGCAUCCUCAUGAUGGCAGCCAGUCCGUUCUGGUAUCGUACGUCGGCUACAUUCGGAACCGAUUCCCGUCGAUCCGGUCCGUGGGAUGUUGGAUGACGUUGGCGGGAUAUUGGGACGGCAUCAAUCCCAAUGGAAGCAUUGCAUCAAGUCUGAGUUCGCCGCUCAGGUCCAUGCGUAUCCACGACCCUUAUCGCCACGCCGAUCGGGAAUGGUGGCUGCCAGCCACCGAGCUCGACAUGCAUCUGUUCUGGGACAAAGCGUUCCACUCGCUCCGUUCCAGCGGCGUCGACUUUGUCAAGAUCGACGCCCAGGCCGAGUGGGAGUGGACGCAAGCUCCGACCGAGCCGCUCACCAAGGGAAGCAACGACAUGAUGCCAGGGGGCGGAGAGCUUGGCAAAGCCAUGUUCGAAGCCAUGGAGGGUGCAGCUGCACGCUACUUUGGCUCGGGCGGAGUGAUUCACUCGAUGGCCUUCACGCCCGCACUGGCGAAUACCGCGAGGACGCUGCACAGCCAGGGCAUGACCAUCCGAUGCACCGAUGACUUCUUCCCCAACAUUCCCGAUGCGCACCGACACCACCUGGCGCACAACGUGUACAACGCGCUCCUGCUUCCAGAGCACGUCUGUGAUGCAGACAUGCUGGCUCACUGCCACACCGAGGCUGACUCUCGGCAGGACUUCACAGGAUACCACGCUUCAUUCCGAGCGUUUACGGAUGCCAAGCUGUGGUUAUCUGACCGAGCAGAUGCACCGACAAGCACGUCAAUGCGUGCACUGGCUGGUCCUGCCAAGCUGAGCUGCCAGAGCGAGCGAGUCCGGGUGCAGGAGAAAGGCCGUGUCCUCUCCAAUGCCGCUUUUGAGGAUCUCAUCGGCGACGGCGCAGGACCUGCGCUCAAGCUCGGCGUCUGGCACGAGGCCACCAGGAGCGCCACACUUGGACUGUGGAACUUGCGGGGCGCGAGCGCAUCGACUUUCGACGUGCUCGACAUUGCGCAGCUCUUGCAGAUGCACGACCAGCUAGUGGCGGUGCGCAGCUUUCGAUCGGGCAAGACCUGGCUGCUGCCUGGACGGUACUUAGAAGAGAAUAGCGGACUGCUGAGCGCCGCGCUCGAGACGGGAUCGUGGGAGGUGCUGACGGUGGCGCCCGUGCAGAUGGUUCCGUCGACAAGCGUCGGCGUGGCGAUGCUUGGCUCCAACAAACACUUUAUGACUCCCGAGGGCGUUAGUCUGGUCACGAUCUCGGCGAGCAGCUCGAUGGACGAGGGGCUGAAGAAGCGCCGCUCGUCUUUCUCUCGUCGACCUUCUCACCAGCGUCGUCACUCGACACGUUCUGUCAGCACGUCUGGCGACAGCGCCAGCGAGACAUCGCUUGUUGCGCAAUCUGCGACGGACAGGCUUGUGCAGGAUGUCCCGUCAGACUCGCGUGCGGUGCUCUUGUCGCUCGCGCUGAUCAACGGAUUCUUUGCCCUGAUGCAAGGUGCUGUCACUGGCGCCACAGGAAGUCCUCGCGCUGUUACAGGCCGACCGAGACCGAAGAGCAAGCGAGGCCGAGUCGACGUGGUGGACACGAUGCUUGGGCUGAUCGAUCAGCUGCAGACGCUCGUGGUGUUUGGCGUGCUAAUCCUCGCGUCUUGGACGUUCAUCCUCCCGACGGAGCGGACUGCUGGUGCCGCCAAGUCAUGGUUGCCGUGGAGGAACAGCCAAGACGGUGACCAGCGCGUGGACGACAACGCACUCAAGCGCGUGCGUCUCAGUCCGCACGAUGCAGUAACGACGCUCAAACGCUGUCUUACAUCCCGCACCAUGGCUCCGCUGCGCGAGAUGCCCGUCGCAAUCACCGAACCCAGACCCACGUCCCCGAGUCCACGAUCGCCAUCGUCACGCAGGUAUUCGAGACAGUCGAGCUCGGACGUGAUCUUCUCGUGCUUGGUUGAUGCGGCGACCAUAAUCGAUUUCCUCGUGCUAUGCGAAGGUCAGGACAAAAUCAAAGAGUGCACGAUCGAUCGCAUCAAGUACGACUGCACCGCGACGCCAUGGAUUUCGAUCAGCCCGAUCGACCUUGAAGAAGGAUCCGAGCCCUGGGGUGACAAACACAGCGCUUGGAGGGUCGAGGUUGACAUGCAGGCAUGGUUGGAGCAUCAGGACGUGACGUACGUUCAAACUGUCGCCGCUCCGGUCCGUGUUGCGCUUCGCAUUGCAGCCGCCGUGUAG